UGCCGGGUCUCGCGCGCUAUGACGGCCCGCGCGGAGCCGCAGCGUAGGCGGCCUGGAGUCGGGGUAGGAGUAGUGGUGACUAGCAGCAAGCAUCCUCGUUGCGUCCUCCUGGGGAAGAGGAAAGGGUCUGUAGGAGCCGGCAGUUAUCAACUCCCCGGGGGCCAUUUGGAAUUCGGUGAAACGUGGGAAGAAUGUGCUCAAAGGGAAACCUGGGAAGAAGCAGCUCUUCGCUUGAAAAAUGUUCGCUUUGCCUCAGUCGUGAAUGCCUUUGAUGAGAAAGAAAAUUACCAUUAUGUGACAAUACUAAUGAAAGGGGAAGUGGACAUGACUUAUGAUUCAGAACCAAAGAACACAGAGCCUGAAAAAAAUGAAAGUUGGGAAUGGGUUCCCUGGGAAGAAUUUCCUCCACUGGCCCAGCUUUUCUGCGCACUGCGGUGUUUAAAGGAACAAGGCUACAAUCCAUUUAAAGAAGAUUUAGAUCACCUGGUAGCAUACAAAGGUCAUCAUCUCUAGGGGAAGAAGAAGAUAACCUGAUAUACUUUGAAAAAACAAAAUAAGGUUCUGUGAGAGAAUGAAAAAUACCUACAUUUCAGAACAACUCCAUCUUACGUAAAAAUUUCUAUAUGCUUGCCAGUUGAUUUGCCGCCUUUUAAUAUACCCACCACCCUUUCAGCCAGUACUUAUGAAAAAUUUGCUGGCAUGAUGUCAUCAAUUGCAUUUCAGACUCAGAAAAUGUGAUGAAUGGUGAUAUUGUGGCAAUUCUGCUUUCUGUAUUAUUCUGUGAUAUUUACUGUGCAGUUUGUCAUUACCAGCCUGCCCGGCAUGGAGGGCUAUAGAAUCUGCCCUAGUGUUUCUGUUCAAAUAAAGAUCCUAAUUCAGAUGCUAACACAGUA